AUGAUCUGGCCAAGAGUUAUUGGUAUUGCUGAAUCUGGCUGGUUACCAAAGGACAAGAAGAACUUGAAGGGAUUCAUGGAGCGCCUCAGAAGAUAUGUCGAACUCCUUGAAGAGCGUGGCUACCAUCCAUACAAGCUUGAUAUGGGUGACAGACAAGAGUCUCAGGCUCCAAUCGAUCACCUUGCUCGCGGCAAGAAGGUCACAUACAACUCACCAAUCUCUCCAUACUACCCAGCUCACAAUGAAGCCGAAAUGACAAACGGCUUAAGAGGCAACUGGGACUUCCAUGAUGGUGUCUGGCAGGGCUUCCACCAUGAUGACUCCCACAACUACACAUUCGAUGUCACCGUCGAUUUGGAGGAAUCUAAGGAGUUCCAUCAGGUUUACGUUACAUGGUUAAGAAACCACGAUCAAAUGAUUUACACCCCACAAGUUGUUAAGAUUUCCGUCUCUUAUGAUGGAGUUUCAUGGGCUACAAUCUACGAAGAAACAUAUCCAUGGGAUGACACUGCCUACGCCUACUUGGCUAAGGGCUUCCAGGGCAACGCUUCUGGUAGAUACAUCCGCUACCAGGCUUACAUCUGGAAAGAUUAUCCACACUACAUGUUCGCAGAUGAAUUAGUAGUUCUAUAA